GGAAAAAACACUUUGGCAUUUCGUUUUGAGAGUACGAGUCCUCUUAUCCGAGAAGCGCACUCUCGAAGAUACGAGAGUCUUGCUGGUGGGCUUCUAUGCGGAUAUUGAAUUGUCGCUAAUUCGUUAUGAGUAAAUGUGAUAUAUGAGAACUGAAGAUCAAGAAGGACUAGUUUUUUUUUCCCAGAAUGGCCACAGGUUCACUUGCCACCGGACGCUCACGGAGGAAGACUCGCGACUCCUCGUGGUAGCAAGUUGCCAGCAACCCUCCGACAGCAUCUAUCAGCAGAUGCAGCGACUCUUUAGGCAGGAUCCAGACGCCUCUGGUAAGGGAGCAUUGGUUUGGCGGUUGACUGCUCGGGGGAAGAAGAAGGCCGGCUGAUUAUACGCGCAUUCAUUCCGACUGACGAACCCCGUUGGCAGGUUGGUGGAGACGAAUCAGGCUGGUUUAGUCUUAGAGCAACGAUGUCGGACGACGGUUCGCCUCCGGGGAGCCCUGCCGAGUCUCGGCAUGCGUCCGAAAUGUCGAGUCCGGUAUGCAGCCCAACAACAGUUGGCGCAAUAUCUGGGCAGCCUGAAUCCGGCGGGCGGCUUAUGCGUUCUGUGACGCAAAUGUUGCUUGAUCAGGAGGCAGCGAAGAAGUCUAGAAAACGAUGGCUACCACCAAUAUUUCAGCCAGGUCGUCGAACGACGAGUACCCGCCGAACCUACCUAGAGUCCUUGGUUAUGGCGUGUGAAAAUCAAGCAAGAAAUCAAAGUUAUGGUCUCUAGAUCACAAUAGAGAUCCACUCAUUCAGAUGAACCACGAGGGAUCAGGUUUUUUGGCGAAGAAAUUACCGAUGGUAGCUUCUUGCUGCUCACGUCUGAAGAUGCAAGUCUUCUAAGUCCUGUCUGCAAAUGACCCCUGCCGAAAUGGAUAUGCUAACCGAGGAGCUAGAAGUGGCUGAGGAGGUCUCAGAGUGGAUGUUAUUCGAUCUGAUCUUUGGUUUUUUCGUCAUGGUGAAUGCGUUCUUUAUCGCCUUAGAGGACAGCUUCAACUAUGCAUCCGAAUCGAACCAAAUUUCGGGAUGGUACAACAACUUCUGCAAUGUAGUUGUAUAAGGCAUGACAGGUUGAGACGCUGUGCGGAAAGGGCCAUUGCUGAACGAAGGCGUAGUUUAACAGAGGAAGAGAACUCCCUUUUCUUCUAAUUACUGGUGGUGUCAUGACUAUAUUAUGAUACUAACUUCCUCAUCAACUUCACUCGUGACGAAAACUACAAGAACUGAAGCUUUUGAAACCACAACAGGUUCCUUGCCGAAGUCUUCUUUUUCCUUUUGUUUUCUCUGGAGUUCGGGCUUCGUAUUAUGGGUGCGAAAAGCUGGCAGCGUAUGUACCAUGAUGUAUGGAUGUCCAUCGAUUUUUUUCUAUUGAGCAUUACAGCACUUGACCUCUUUCUCCUGAAGUGGGUUCUCUCCGGUGAUUCAGCUGGAAAUUUAACCGUCUUCCGCGCUUUCCGUAUUUUCCGACUCGCAAGGUUGGUGAGAGUUACAAAGUUGUUGAAAAACGUUCACCAACUCGUCAUGGGUCUGCGCAUUUCGGCACGCACGCUCUUCUGGGCGAUGUCGCUCGUGGCACUCACGGUUUUCAUCUUCGGCGUCUUCAUUUAUGAGGUUCACUGAGUCAGAUGUUUUCUGUCUAAAGUAUGUUAUCACGCAUGGUAUAAGCAAUAGUAAUACAACAACGCCUUCAUGGUCAUUGACGUCAGAUAUAAACUUUCUAAGGCUGGGUUGAGCUCGUUGGCUCGGACAAGGAAAAAUAUUCGAUCGCGGUGCGGGAUCGAUGGCGUGAUUUGUCCACUGCGGCGACGAGUUUUCUUCUCCUUGCUACCUACUCAAACUGGCAGGAAGUAAUCGAACCUUUAAAAAGUGAGUACCCGCUCUUCCUCUUGCCUCUAUUCCUCUUUUUGCUCAUUGUCGUCGUGGGGAUCAUGAACAUGAUCAUCGGGGUCAUGGUCUACACAGCCUUGUCAAUGGAAGAGCACGCAAAAAAUAGCGGCGAAGCAACGCGAAAUUUUGAGCACCGAAUCGGCCUCGCAAAGCUGCGCAAGAUUCUCUUAUGUGGACACUGCUAUGACCUCGUUGCUGUUUUCGAGAAGCGUAAGUUGCAUAGUGCUUUGUACCUCUUCUAG